ACACACACACACACACACACACACACACCGCCGACAGCUACUUUAACUCGUCUUCUCGUUUCUCUCUCUCCAGAUGUCAGCAGCUGUCUGUCUGAGUCCGGUCUCCCGCGGCGGAAAACUGCAGCUCUUCAAUAAACACUUCGCUCAGUUACUCGAUUAGCGCGUCGCGUUAGUCCGGAGUCAUUAAGUACCCGAACUGGCUCCUCGCGCCAGGACUCCCCGGACCAGCGGGAACCGGCGCGGCAAUGGGCCGUUAGUCAUCAGAGCCCCGCCGCUCCCGGUGCUGAUCGAAUCGUGAGUGUGUGUGUGUGUGUGUGAGUCAGCAGCAGGACUCUGUCUCUCGCACACACGCACACGCACUCGGUAAACACAUAAAGACACGGGAUACGCCGACACACCGGUCCGGUCCUGGACCCGCCCCGCCCCCGCCCAGCUCAGCUCGGCUCCGCCUGGUCUCCGGGACCCUCAGCGGGCGAAACCCGGAGCGCCUCAUCCCGACCGGACGGACGCCGAGGAGCCCGCCCCGGACAAUGGCGUCCCUCAUCUCCACCCUCCUCUUCCUCCUCGUCGCCGCAGUCGCGAUUACACCAACUGUCAGUCAACUGACAGAGCCCAUGUGUUAUGACUGGGGGGAGUCCAGCGAGGGCGCGGUUUCAGUCCUGGAGGGGGAGGUCGGUUGGCUCUCCUGCCCUCUUUUCUCUCAUCCCUCCGUCUACAACUUCACCUCCGCCCAGAGCGCCGGACACAACCUCUUCUGGUACCACAUCCCUGAGGGCCAGGACCUGGAGCAGCCCAUCAGAUCUAACUGCUCGCGGCUCUGCAAAAGCAGAGAGAGACUGUGGCUGGAGCCGGCCGCCGCCGAGGACAGCGGACAGUACAUCUGUAUGCUGCGUAACAAGUCGUCCUGCAGUAAGAUCGCCAUGCGUCUGAAGGUGCUGCGGCGUGACCAGGUGGUCCUCAGCGCCGACUGCCAGCCUCCGGUUGCCGUGGAAGCCACUCAUAUGGUUAUCCCGUUGCAGGAGGGGAAGACCUUGGACUGUCCGGACCUGCAGGAAGCCACCAAGAUUGCCGACAGCAAACCGACCGUCACCUGGUACCACGUGACACAAAGCAAUUCGAAGUGUUACCAGUAUCCGUUCUGGAACACCGAGCGGCAGCAGAAGGGAGCCAGUCUACACUUUCACGUCAUGAUGAUAUCCUAUCAGGGUUUAUAUUUCUGCACAAUCAGCUACCUGAGGAGAGGCAAAACGCUCAACUUCACCAGGAGCGUCAACAUCACCGCAGUCUAUCCGUCCUUAGUGCCCAAAGAUCCCAGCAUCCUCCAUCCGACUAAAGACCAGGUCUUCACUGUCAAGCGGGACACAGAGGUGCGUCUGGUGUGCAGAGCCGUCUUCCCCUACCUGAACACUUCGUGGGACAUUUGGUGGACGGUUGAUGGGAAGACGCUGGACAAGCUUGCCGACCAUCAGCGCUUCAACAGCACCAGCAGACAGGUGAAGUAUGACUAUGGGGACCGGACAGUGGUCAGCGUGCUGGUGAUCAAGGACUUCAGGUCUGAGGACCUGAAACGGGAGUUUAACUGCUCCGUGAGGAACGCGAGAGGCUCCGAGACCCGCAGAGCUUGGCUGGAGGAGGAGGUGUCGUUGCCGUCGGUGGAGCUGGGUUGUGGUCUCGGCGUAACUCUGGUCCUCAUGCUGCUGCUCUUUGUGGUUUAUCACAUCUUCUGGUUGGAGCUGCUGCUGCUGUAUCGCUCCUGGUUCGGCACCGACGAGCGUCACACAGAUAAUAAGGAGUACGAUGUGUACAUCUCGUACGCGAGGAACAGUGAGGAGGAGCAGUUUGUCCUGACGACGCUGCGCAGAGUUCUGGAGAACGAGCUCGGAUACUCAGUGUGUAUCUUUGACAGAGACAGUCUGCCGGGGGGGACCAUCACAGAUGAGACUCUGAGUUUUGUGGGUCGUAGCCGGCGCCUCCUGGUGGUCGUUAGCCCAGGCUACGCCUCUCAGGGCUCCCAGGCCCUGCUGGAGCUGAAGGCCGGUAUCGAUGGCAUGGCACUGGACGGGCACCUGCGGGUGAUCCUGGUCCAGUACAAGCCAGUCCGGAGGAAGGGCUGGGUCAGGGAGCUGAGGAGAGCCCGGGUGGCCCUGGCAGUGGUCCGAUGGCAAGGGGAGAAGUCCGUAGAGCUGACCUCCCGCUUCUGGAAGAGGCUGAGGGUGGAGUUACCUGUGAGGAGGGUUAGCAGCAGGAAUGAGGAGGGGAACAAUAAGGAGAUGGCUCUGAUGAGGCUGCAAAGUCAGACUAGCACAAACUCCCAGACAGGCCUCAUCACCAACACUGUCAAAGACCCAAAGAAAGUCUUCAACUGUGCGGCAUAGCCAUGACGGAGGUCGGCAGUCUGUCGGGCAACAUUUCCGUCAGAACAGUUACGUGUCCUAAAUCACGUGUUUGCUGUCUCAACAGAACUGUACAGACAUGUUAAAGGAGAUUAUGAGUUUCAUCACCUUCAGCCGAUGAUCUAAAGAAAAAUUCCUGUUUUCUUGGUUCAAACAAGGGUAUCUGGUUCCCUAAAAAUGAGCUAAAUGAUGUUUCUAACUAGGGCUGGGUAAAACCAGUACAAGUGCAGUUUCUGAGAUUCAGUUACGUUAGCAAAAAAUACUUAUUUCAGCAUCCUAUUCAUUUUCAGGCUUUUCCUACAAAACUUUUCUUUUCAUUUAACAGCAAGACUAAAAUAUUACAGCCGAGUUAAUGUUUACCGUAUGCACUAUCUUAGUUCUGCCUGUUAGCAUGCUAAUAUUUUCUAAUUAGCACUAAAGCCAGCUGAGGCUGAUGGGAAUGUUAUUGGUUUUGUAGGUUAUAAACCAAAGCUUUGGACGAAUUUACAUUUUGACCUGAUGACGGUGCUAGAUGGAUGGUCAGGGGCUAAAAGUGUUCAAAUUCUUCCUCUGGGGACCAUGAAUGUGUGCACCAGAUUGCAAGCCAAUCCAUCCAAGAGUGGUUGAGAUAGUUCAAUAAAAAACAAAAAUGUCAACCUCAUGGUGGCGCCAAAGAAAAAGACAGGUGAUCAAUAUAGAACAUACGGUAGAAUAUGGUAGUAAAGGAAUUACCACAAUCAAAAUUGAAAUUUGGUAAUACUGUGAAUAAUCAGUCAUCAUGAGCCAAUUAUAUUUUGAUGUUUCAAAACAAUUUCAGCUCCUAUCCCACCUCAAAUGUGUUGUUAGCAAGCAAGCUAACUUUAGCAGAUAUUAGGUAGCUAACUUUGGUUAACUUGGUAGAAAACAUUCUCCCAUUAGCUAAAGUUCCAAUAUAAACCCAUUUGAGCUGUUCAAUACAACCAUAACAUGAAAGAACAAACAACAUCCUGAUGAUUUAACUUUUCUUACUAGUAGUUAAAGUUGACCUGAGGGUGGGGCUAGGGGAAAAAUCAGGGAUCGUCAUUAAAAUCUAAAGAGGGCAUCAUCUGGAAAGCAAUAACGGGAUCGGGACAUUUCACAUCAAUCCAGUCCAGCAAGUGCUGAGAUACACAAAGUGUUGAGUUUACAGUUCUCCAUAGAUGGAUGAAGCUCCAAACACAAAGAGCAAAGGAACAAACAUAACAGUAAACACUUGUCGUGCUUCUCAGAUUAAUGCUAUUUACUUUUUCACAGAUAUACCUUCAGUAUUAGUUGUCCUCUCAUUAACAGAAUCAUUACCAUAAAUCAUCUCAUUCAUUAUCAUUAUAUAUUUUAUGUUAUCUGUCAGUCCAGAUUACAGAGCUUUGUCUUAUAUUUAAGAAGCCUGGCUGCAGUGUUUUGACGGCCCGGCUAAACUGCUAGAAUAUGUGUUUGUUAUGAAGCCUGGAGUUUGGGUUCAUCUCUGGGUAUUUGUGCAAAGAAGGCAGAAGCAACCAACCACAGCAGCUGAUAGGUGGAGACACCUGUCAGUCAAGGCAAACAAAUAUAUACAUCUUCUUACACCAAGACACAUCAGAAGAAGUGAAAUAAACUGAACUUGUGUCAAUAAGAUGCAUUUUAGCAUCUCAGGCUUGACAGCUUCACAGCCUCAGCUUUACUUAGCCUAAAGCUAACAUUAGCAUGACAUUACCAUGUAUAAGGAAUUAACAUCCUAAUAGUAGGAUUUUUAACAUAUUAACAUAUUAUUUCUCCAUUAUUCUCAAAGCUAAGCUAAGGCUGAAUUUGAUUAUUUUGUUGUUCACAGGUAUCUUUUGAUAAACAAAAAUGUUUUAUAAGAUGACAUUCUGACCUGUUGGCGGCACUAGAGGAUAAGUCAGGGGAUCAGCAAAGUCAGGAGGAAUCAUACUCAUGGGUCCACGAAUGUCCAGACCAAAUGUCACCCCAAUUCCUCUGAUAGUGGUCGAGAUAUUCCACUUUAGCCCAAAGUAUUGGACUGAUUGAGUGGCAGUUCUAUCCCUAAAGCAAGCCACAACUCCUGUUUAGCUAAAUAUGUAUUAACUUUUAGCGAUGGUCUUAAAGGAAUAAUUUUUUCAAAAUGUUCCAGAAUACAUUAUUCUAAAAAUAUAAAAAUUAUAUUUAGAGAGUAUAAUUUCUCGCGGGGAAUACUGUAAUGUAUUACAUUUAUGGAGAGAAGUUAGGGGGGGUCUCAUUUGCUUCAAUACAGUCAGACUUUUCUCAAAGCUGCAUCUGGUAGCCAUUAGAGAAACUACAUUUUAAUACACUAACACUCAGCUGUGUUACUUGCUUAACUUUGGUUAGAUCUUCUCCUAAAUAUAUUUUUGGGCCUCCACUGGGAAAAUGAGCCAACACCAAAAUAACGUUUGGUGUCGUCAGCAUAGAGGGUCAUUUACAGUAUUGCAUUUAAUAGACUUUAAAGGCACCAAGGUUAUAAAACGUUACAGAGGGAACACAGACCCAGGGAUGAGGGAUCCAUGCACUGCAACUUUCAAAUAUUAGUCAAGAGAAAAAUGUAAUUACACAGUAAAACUUAUGAUCAUUACUUUAAAAUGUUGCAAUUUCUCUGCACUUUCUUUAUUUUUAUUUUUAUUUUUUUCAGCACCGUUUCCACUUUUAUACAUUCAGUAUACCUAUGAUAAAUCAACUAUAUCAAGAUAUAAUUUUCUUUGAAAAUAUGUAAUAUGCUAUUCAUCUUUAACACUUUUUAAAAAAAGUAUUGUAAUAGGAGAAUGCAUCCUGCACUUUGUCAUGCUCUAAUGUAUUU